GUAAACAAAGCAGCAUGGCACCGUGAAAUUGGGAGAGAUCUGACAGCAGCAGACUUUAUCGGUUAUCAGUGAUCAUUUAAUCGAUAUUUGAUCAGAUAUCUGAUGUUGUCUCUGUGGCGGACUUCCGGUUGUUUGUUUGUGAUGACGGAGAAACAAAAUGGAGUCUGUGAAAGAACGACUGACUGAGUUUUCACUGGAGGCUCACGAUCUGUAUCUGAACCAUUCGGUGCCUUACCUGGAGGAGCCACCUGACCCACUGCAGUUCUACCGCGACUGGAUUGGUCCAAACAAGCCCUGCAUCAUCCGUAACGCCUUCAGUCAUUGGCCGGCUCUGUCCAGAUGGACACCGGAGUACCUGAGAGAGAAGGUGGGGUCAAAGGUCAUCAGCGUGGCGGUGACUCCUAACGGUUACGCUGACGCAGUUAACGGUGACCGCUUCGUGAUGCCAGAGGAGAGACAGAUGGACUUUUCUUCUGUGCUCGACAUCAUCGAGGGGAAGGUGCAGCAGAGUGGAGUGCUGUAUGUUCAGAAGCAGUGCUCUAACCUGCUGGAGGAGCUGCCUGAGCUCACAGACGACGUGGAGCCUCACAUUUCAUGGAUGAACGAAGCACUCGGAAAGUUACCAGAUGCGGUGAAUUUUUGGCUCGGAGAGGCGAGCGCCGUCACGUCCAUGCACAAAGAUCACUAUGAGAAUCUGUACUGUGUGAUAUCUGGAGAGAAAAACUUCAUCCUGCUGCCGCCCACAGACCGUCCCUUCAUCCCCUACGGUGUGUAUCAGCCGGCUGUUUACCGUCAGAAGGAGGACGGUGAGUUUGAGGUCAUCGAUCAGGGCGACUCUGAGAAGGUCCCGUGGAUCCCUCUGGACCCGCUGGACCCGGACUUGGACCGGUACCCGCAGUACCAGAGAGCUCGGCCACUCCACUGCAGCGUGAAGGCCGGAGAGAUGUUGUACCUGCCGUCACUGUGGUUUCACCAUGUCAGGCAGUCACACGGCUGCAUUGCAGUGAACUUCUGGUACGACAUGGAGUACGACAUCAAGUACAACUACUUCCAGCUGCUGGAGAUGCUGUCUGAGGUCACAGGGUCAACGUGACAUCACAGCAGCUGUGUGAUGUCAUAGUGAUUUCUGGUUUGUGAAUAAAAAGUUAAAUAGUAACAUGAAGUAACUGUAAAAUAAAGAUUUGUUACAAACUCUG